AUGAUUCUCACGAGAGGCUUCGUUGUGGCGGCUUCUCUCGGCCUCGUCGCCGCGGAGAAUGGCCUAGACGGGUGGCUACGAUAUGCUCCUCUGCCGGAAGAUGUGGUGGCCCCCCACCUCGACUCUCUCCCCUCGGGCAUUGUCCUCCUCGAUGCCGUCGAGGGACAGCCAGUCUUCACGGCUGGAAUAGAAUUGACGAAGGGGUUCAGGGGCAUAUUCUCCAAGGAUCUCAGCAAAGAGGUCAAGCCCGACUGCAAUUCUUCAUCAGUGGUAAUUAUUGGGACAGCCGACGCAUACGCUGAUGCCUGUGGCAGCGCUCCGGCCGAGGCUCAGGGUUUGAAGGCGGACGGCUUCUGGCUCAGGACGGAUUCGGGCGGUCCAGUCCAAAUCAUCGGCCAGAACGCGAGGGGCGCGCUCUACGGAACCUUUGAGUAUCUCUCCAUGCUGGCCCAGGGGAACUUCUCCAGUGUUUCCUAUGCCUCCAAUCCAGCAGUGCCAGUCCGCUGGGCAAACCACUGGGACAACAUGAACAACCGCGGCGGGCACGGCAGCAUCGAGAGGGGCUACGGCGGCGACUCCAUCUUCUUCGCCAACGACCAGGUCCUGAGCAAUCUCACCCGGGUUUCCCAAUACGCGCGGCUGCUGUCGUCCAUCCGGAUCAACGCCAUCGUGCCCAACAACGUCAACGCCGACGCCAACCUCCUGAGCGACAAGAACCUCGACGGCAUGGCCAGGAUCGCGGAUGCCUUCAGACCGUACGGCGUGCAGGUGGGCAUGUCACUCAACUUCGCCUCACCCCAGUCCGUGGGCGGCCUCAGCACCUUCGAUCCGCUAGACGCCUCCGUCAUCAAGUGGUGGGGGCAGAAGACAGACCAAGUCUACAAGCGCAUCCCCGACUUCGCAGGGUAUCUCGUCAAGGCCAACUCAGAAGGCCAGCCGGGCCCGAUCACGUACCACCGGACGCUCGCCGACGGGGCCAACAUGUUCGCCAAGGCCGUCAAGCCGCACGGCGGCAUCGUCAUGUUCCGGGCCUUCGUCUACGACCAGCUGGACUACAACGACAAGAAGGCGGACCGCGCCAACGCCGCCGUCGAGUACUUCCGGCCGCUGGACGGCAAGUUCGACGACAAUGUCGUCGUGCAGGUCAAGUACGGCCCCAUCGACUUCCAGGUCCGGGAGCCCGCCUCGCCGCUGUUCGCGAACCUGCUGAAGUCGAACGCGGCCAUCGAGCUGCAGGUUACGCAGGAGUAUCUGGGCCAGCAGUGCCAUUUGGUUUACUUGGCGCCCCUCUGGAAGGAAAUACUGGACUUUGACCUGCGAGUGAACAACGAGCAGUAUUUUGUGCGUGACAUCCUCGAGGGCAAGCGUCCUGAGAAAGCACAGCCGCUGGGAGGAUUCGCUGGGGUCGUCAAUGUCGGACAAGAUUUGAAUUGGUUGGGUAGCCAUCUCGCCAUGUCGAAUCUAUACGCAUAUGGUCGUCUUGCCUGGAAUCCUACAGAGGGGUCUGAAGCGAUGCUUCAGGACUGGACUCGAUUAACAUUUGGUCUUGACCCUGACGUCCUCGAUGUUAUCACGACAAUGUCCAUGGAAUCUUGGCCGGCAUACGAGAACUACACGGGCAACCUCGGGGUACAGACCUUGACAGACAUUCUGCAUACUCACUACGGUCCCAAUCCUGCGUCCCAGGAUGGCAACGGCUGGGGUCAAUGGACUCGAGCUGACAAGAAUGGUAUCGGAAUGGAUCGUUCGGUUGCCAGUGGGACAGGAAACGCUGGCCAAUAUCCUCCGGCGGUUGCCGCCGUCUACGAGAACGUAGAAAAGACGCCCGACAACCUGAUCCUCUGGUUCCACCACCUCCCAUACACCCACAAGCUAAAAUCAGGCAGCACCGUAAUCCAGCACUUCUACGACGCCCACUACGCCGGCGCCGCAGCCGCCCAAUCCUUUCCAACACUAUGGGAAACCCUCAAAGGCAAGCUCGACGACGAGCGGUACGAGCACGUUCUCUACCGUCUGCGCUACCAGGCAGGCCACUCCCUCGUCUGGCGAGACGCCAUCUGCACCUUCUACAACAAGCUCUCGGGCAUACGCGACGACCACGGCCGGGUGGGCAACCACACGCACCGCAUCGAGGCCGAGACCAUGCGUCUAUCGGGCUACAGCCGCUCCAACGUCAGCCCACCCGAGACAGCCUCAGGCGGCGUCGCCGUGACCGCCAGCGGCGGCGGCGGCGGUAGCGGGAGCUCCGUAUCUUCGUCGCUGGACGUUCCGUCGGGGACGUACGACAUCGCGGUCAACUACUACGACGUCAACCCGGGGAAGGCGAAGUGGGAGAUCUUGAUUAAUGAUGAGAAGAUCGGCGCGUGGACGGGCGACAUCGAGGAUCGUCUGGGGAAGGAGCCGUCGGAUGCGCUGGACGGACACUCGGCGGCGAGGGUGACGUUUAGGAAUGUUACCAUCGAGAAAGGGGACACAGUGAAGAUCACGGGGAAGGCGAAUGGGAAUGAGGCGGCGCCAUUGGAUUAUAUCUCUGUCUUGCCGUUGGGUGUUGUGGAUUGA